GUCUAGCAGUCAAAUAAAGGGGAAAUACAAAAAUAGCUGCAAAGAUGAGGGUCUGAAAUAGGAUGAUUAUGUCCUAAGCGUGUUUGUAUUUAUCUUUUGGAUCAUUACCUUUACUAAUGUAUUUACUAUUUUGUUGAUUGGUGUGCUUAAUUAUUAUUGAUCGCUUCCAUCCGUACAAUAACUAGAGCAGCCGUCUAUACUUAUACACACAGUGAAUAAUGUAUCUUACGCUCUGCUCAAAAAACGAACACUGCAUGGUUUUAUUUUGAAAGCAUGAGACCGGACGCGGCUCUCAUUUGUCAGGUGAUUAGCUGACCGAACAGAUCGGUCAGUCGGUGGAACAAACUGCGGAAAACUAGACGAAAACGAGGACACUCGAGCAUCAUGUCGGGGAACAACUUGGUUCUACCCAUAGUCCUCUGGGGCCGUACAGCACCCACCCACUGCAUCAGCAGUCUUCUGGUGAUGGACGACUUCAACACCAUCAUCACCGGCUGCCAUGACGGACAGAUCUGCCUCUGGGACAUGACACCUGAGCUGGAGAUUUGUCCCAGGGCCAUGUUGUUUGGCCAUACAGCCUCCAUCACCUGUCUGUCUAAAGCCAGUGCGUGCAGCGACAAACAGUACAUUGUCAGUGCAUCAGAGAACGGAGAGAUGUGUUUAUGGGACGUUAACGACGGACGAUGUAUUGAGUUUACCAAGCUGGCCUGUGCUCACAUUGGCAUACAGUUCUAUCAGUUCGCCAUCGGCACCGAGAGGGAGGGACGUCUGCUUUGCAACGGCCACUACCCAGAAAUCCUUGUGGUGGACGCCACCAGCCUGGAGGUGCUCUACUCGCUGGUGUCCAAGAUCUCUCCAGACUGGAUCAGCUCCAUGAGCAUCAUCCGAUCCCACCGAACACAAGAGGACACAGUGGUGGCAGUGUCAGUGACCGGCAUUCUGAAGGUCUGGAUCAUCACAGCCGAGGUCAGCAGGAUGCAGGACAUGGACCCUGUGUUUGAAGAAGAGUCCAAACCCAUCUACUGUCAGGGCUGUCAGAGUAUCUCCUUCUGUACCUUCACUCAGAGCAGCCUGCUGGUAAUCUGCUCCAAGUACUGGAGGGUGUUUGAUGCAGGCGACUACUCGUUACUCUGCUCGGUGUCCAGUGACAACGACCAGGCCUGGACCGGAGGAGAGUUCAUUGCCGCAGACAAAGUCAUCAUCUGGACCGAAGAUGGCUGCAGUUACAUCUACAAGCUGCCCGCCAGCUGCCUGCCUGCUAGUGAACAUUUCCGCAGCGACGUCGGGAAAACCAAAGAAGGCUCGAUCCCUCCACUGGUCUACAGCAUUGCAGACCGCUCGGACAAACAGCUCCUGAUCUGUCCUCCUGUGACUCGGUUCUUCUUUGGCCGACGGGAGCCCUUCCACAAGCUGUUGAUCCAGGGAGACUCAGCGGGCAGGCUGUCCCUGUGGGGUAUCCCGGAUACCUCGCCUCUGCAGCCACUGUACACCGCCGCAGAGCUGCAGGUGUCGUCCACAGUCAGUCUCCAGGAAGCGUUCGACAAGCUGACCCCCGUGUCUGCAGGGAUCAUUGACCAGCUCAGCGCUCUGCCUGGAAAAGAAGGACCCAUCAAGGUGACAGCCAGCGUCUACAUCCCCUCUCAGGGCCGCCUUGUGUGCGGGAGAGAAGACGGCAGCAUCAUCCUGGUUCCUGCCACUCAGACCGCCAUUGUCCAGCUGUUGCAGGGGGAACACAUGCUACGGCGAGGCUGGCCGCCCCAUCGGACCCUGCGGGGACACAGGAACAAGGUGACGUGCGUCCUGUACCCGUACCAGAUCUCCCCGCGCUAUGACCAGCGCUCGCUGGUGUCCGGAGGGGUGGACUUCUCCGUCAUCGUCUGGGACAUUUUCACCGGAGAGAUGAAACACAUUUUCUGCGUCCACGGGGGAGAGAUCACCCAGCUCAUUGUCCCGCCCGAGAACUGCAGCACCCGGGUGCAGCACUGCGUCUGCUCCGUGGCCAGCGACCACUCCGUCGGCCUGCUCAGCCUCAGGGAGAGGAAGUGCAUCAUGCUGGCGUCGCGACACCUCUUCCCCAUCCAGGUCAUUAAGUGGCGGCCGGCGGACGACUACCUGGUGGUGGGCUGCUCCGAUGGCUCAGUCUACGUCUGGCAGAUGGAUACAGGAGCCCUGGACCGCUGCGUGAUGGGCAUAACCGCGGUAGAGAUCUUGAACGCCUGUGACGAGCUGGCCCCGGCCACCGUGGAUGCCCUGAGCCACUCGGCCGUCAACCUGAAGCAGGCGAUGACCCGCCGCAGCCUCGCGGCGCUGAAGAACAUGGCCCAGCACAAACUGCAGACGCUCGCCACCAACCUGCUGGCUGCAGACAACGCCGACAAGGGCAACCUGCCGAAAUACUCCCACAAUGCCCUAGUGGUCCAGGCGAUGAAGACCAACCUGAAGGACCCCGACAUGCACGUGCUGUUCUUUGACGUCGAGGCGGUGAUCAUUCAGCUGCUGACGGAGGAAGCCCAGAGACCAAACCCCAUCCUGGUGUCUCCAGAGACACUGCAGAAGAGCCAGGCUGGGGCUGACAAGGGGGGGUCCUUCCUAGCCAACAAGAUCUUCAAACAGGUGAAGGAGACGAUGAAGGAGACCAUUAAGGAGCACCUGUUGGACGAAGACGAGGAAGAAGAGGAGGAGAUGAGGAGGCGGGAGGAGAAGUCCAAGUCUCUGAGUCUGCUAGAGUACAACCUGACGAUGGACACGGCCAAACUCUUCAUGUCCUGCCUGCACGCCUGGGGCCUCAACGAACAGCUGGACGGCAUCUGUAUGGAACGACUGGGCAUGCUCAGGCCGCACUGCCCCAUCUCCUUCGGCCUGAUCUCCAGAGGAGGUCACAUGUCCCUCAUGCUGCCCACCUUCAAGGAGUCUUUGCUGCGGCAGUUGUCCCUGGCGACUGGUCUGAAGCUGACCCUGACAGACAUCGUGGGGAAAGGGACGUACGGCGUUUCGAGGGCAGUCACCACACAGCACCUGCUGUCUAUAAUUUCACUGGCCAACACCCUGAUGGGCAUGACCAACGCUACCUUCGUCGGAGAGCACAUGAAGAAAGCGCCAGUCAGGCCUCCCAGACCAGGAGGAACCCCGGAGACUCCACGCAGGACGCUGGCUGCCCCCCCCCAGCCCUCCAACCCGGCGCUACAGGCACAGAUCAAACAAGGUUGGAGCCAGCUGGCAGCCAUGCACUGUGUGAUGCUCCCUGACCUCCUUGGCCUGGACAAGUUCAGACCUCCUCUGCUGGAGAUGUUGGCGAGACGAUGGCAGGACCGCUGUCUGGAGGUGCGAGAAGCAGCACAAGCUCUCCUACUGGCUGAGUUAAGGAGGAUUGGACAAUCCGGACGUAAGGACACCAUCGACCUGUGGGCUCCCUACCUUCCUCAGUAUGUGGACACCGUCAGCUCCCCCGGGUCGGCCACUGAGCCCUCCGCUCCGGCCCCGCCUCCUCCCGAGGCUCAGCCAAUAGAAGCAAAGGUUUCAGAGGAGGAAAUGGACGUCACGGAUGAUGACAUCACCGCAGGCUGUCUGUCCAACCUUCCGCCGAAUGCCAAGAAGAUCUCCAACUCAUACGAGGAGCGCCGCAAACAAGCCACCGCCAUCGUGCUGCUGGGGGUCAUUGGGGCUGAGUUCGGCGCUGAGAUUGAACCUUCGAAGGGUUUGGCACGGACUCGAGCCGGCGGACAGGUGCCCGAGGGCUUUGGACUGACGAGCGGGGGGUCAUCCAACUACUCACUGGCCAGACACACAUGCAAGGCGCUGACCUUCUUGCUGCUGCAGCCCCCGAGUCCCAAGCUGCCUCCCCACAGCACCAUCCGCCGCACCGCCAUCGAUCUGAUUGGCCGAGGCUUCACCGUGUGGGAGCCGUACAUGGACGUGUCGGCGGUGCUCAUGGGGCUGCUGGAGCUCUGUGCUGACGCCGAGAAGCAGCUGACCAAUGUUACCAUGGGUUUGCCUCUCAACCCGCCAGCUGACUCCGCUCGCUCGGCCCGCCAUGCCCUCUCUCUCAUCGCCACUGCUCGACCACCGGCCUUCAUCACCACCAUUGCAAGAGAGGUUCAUCGGUACAACGCAGCUCAGGCGAACUCUCAGUCGCAGCAGAACGUUCACACCACCACUCUGGCCAGAGCCAAGACUGAGAUACUGCGAGUGAUUGACAUUCUGAUCGAGAAAAUGCCCGGAGAUGUUGUGGAUCUACUGGUCGAGGUGAUGGAUAUCAUCAUGUACUGUAUUGAAGGGUCUCUGGUGAAGAAGAAAGGACUGCAGGAGUGUUUCCCUGCUAUUUGCAAGUUCUACAUGGUUGCUUACUGUGACCGUAGUAACCGCAUCGCUGUUGGAGCUCGCCAGGGUUCAGUGGCCCUGUAUGAUGUUCGUACUGGAAAAUGCCAGAACAUCCACGGUCAUAAGGGUCCGAUCACAGCGGUGUCAUUUGCACCUGAUGGCCGAUACCUGGCAACGUACUCCAAUGCUGACAGCCACAUCUCCUUCUGGCAGAUGAAUACCAGUCUUCUGGGCAGCAUCGGGAUGUUGAACUCAGCCCCUCAGCUCCGCUGCAUUAAGACCUACCAGGUCCCUCCGGUGCAGCCAGCAUCCCCGGGCUCCCAGAACCACCUAAAGCUCGCCCGCCUCAUCUGGACCUCCAACCGCAACGUCAUCCUAAUGGCCCACGACGGCAAGGAGCACCGCUUCAUGGUCUAAACCACAUCUGUAUCUCCAGCUGGGCCCUCGGCGGUGUGUCGGUUAAUAGGGUUUUUUUGCUCCAAGGCAGAGUCUGAAAUGUUGUAGCAUGGAUUCACUUUAGUUUUAGCUUCAAAUAUGUACCCUUAGCUGCAGAGUCCAACAAUUGAUAAUCGGAAAAAAAGCGGGGAUGAUCGUAAAGCUCAGGUCUGGGUUUGAAUCCUUGUUAGGAAACUCACUCUGUAAUUUAUUGAAAAGCUGUGAUGGAAGGCUUGUUUACAUUAGGUAUAUUUUAGUUAACACCUUUUUGUCAUUCCUAUUUAUUUGCUGUUUUUGCCGGAUGUCACUGAUCUCUUUUGUUGCGUUUUGGGUCCCAACUUACUCUUUAUUUAAAAUUAGCCUUCAACUCGCUGCCAUUUCUUUCCGCCCCUUGAUUCUUUGUUUAUUUUAGUGCUAAAUAAAAUCACUUUAUUAAUAAA